AUGUCUUCUUUUUCUAUCCAUACUCUGCCCAGUCCCGCCCCAGACCAUAACACCCUUCUUGAGUAUUCAUCGCGACUCAAGGCUCUUAGGCUUAGAAGUCUCAAGGAGGAUGCGAAGAGCUUUAUUUCGAGAUACGAGAGUGAAGUCGCUGAACCCGAAGAAUUCUGGUUGAACAGACUUAGGGACGAUCGCGCCACUCACCUUAUACUGGUUCACCAUAACGCACUGACUCAGGAAUCGACGUUGCUAAGGCACCAAUGGGUUGGAUUUGUGGUCAUCAUCGCGCCAAACCGCAAGAAAGUCGACGAGGCAGGUCGGUCAUCAUCCGCCGAGUGGCAUAUGGCGGCACUUUAUGUCGAGCCCGAGGUGCGCGAUCAGGGGUUGGGAAAGCGCCUCGUUCAGGCGACCAUUGACUAUAUCAGGACCAACUCGUCAAGAGAACACGACGAGUCUCCCUGCUGCCUCACAAGCGUAGUGCGUGGCAAUGACAACGCCUUGGAUCUUUAUCAAAGACUCGGAUUCCGGAUCAUCCACCCAAACGAAGAGGUGGAGAAAGAGGGAAGGAAGUAUCUUGCGACGACAUUGAGGAUGGAAGUCUACUUGUAG